AUGACAAGUACAUCCUAUACUAACAUUCUAACCAACUGGUUUCGUAUUCAUAUUUCAUUACCACGAAAAACAAAUAUGACCACAUCUGUACAUCGUACAGGUUAUGCUGCAGCUUAUCCAGAAAUUAAACGAUAUCAUCGUCAACAAUACAAUUUAUUUUCUUGUAUUCCAUUAUGUUAUAAGUCAAAGAAAAAAAAUAAAACAUAUUUAUUAAAUAACAAUGAAUCAAAACUAAAUCGAAAAUAUUCUUCAAUAAAAGGAUGUGCAAGUUUUGCUCGAGUUGAUACAUAUCAAGAAGGUGACGUUGAAGAAGAUUGUUAA